UGUAGCAACUGCAUUGCAUCCACCACUUGAGCACAAGGAAAGAACAUCUUGAAUUGAAUUCCACCCCAAAAGAUCAUCUUGACAUGUUUUCUUAUUGAUAUUCUCGGCCAGCAUCAACGGUAUAGCAUCUUCAACAAACAUGAGGUAGCCCUAUCGACAAAUCACGACGACCAUUGACCCCUGAAACGACCCCGAAUUCUUCAGUUUAGCGGUCUUGUCACUGGCACUCGCAGUUGCAGCCAUCUGCCCCACCAAUACCAUCCACCCUCCAUGACCAUCAUGAACGCGCUCUGGUCUAGAAGCACCUCCUCCUCUGGCGACAGCGCAGAGAAAAGCGCCAAACCGACCAGCGAUGCAGUGAGCACCACUUCCGAACAAGUGGCCGAUCUCUCGGAGAGACCAAAUGCGCCAGCCCUACCAGCUCGCCCGGCCCUCCAGAGGAAUCAGCCUUCGGCCCCUCCUCCAGCAGCCCCGUCGAACCCUCCGCCGCCAGUUCCCUCCGGUGCUGGCUCCGGCAACGCCAACAAUGCGUCAGCACAACCUCAGGAUUCCCUGUCUUUAGCCCAGCUACGUCGGAUCGUUGCCGAGUUCCCCAAGUCCGAGCCGAUCGCCUACGACUAUGUCUACACGGAUAUGGGCCCCAUCGAGGAGGAGGUGGACGAGUGGUUCCUCUAUAACUUCUGGCAAUGGGUGCGGUUGAACAACGCCAACCGGGCCUUUGACAGCGCCUGGGUCAAGAUGUACGGGGAAGACGAGACUUGGGACACUGUCGACGACGAUGACAGGGAGAAGUUUGUGCGGAACGCCGUUGAACAAUUACAGGUGUCAACCGACAGGGAGGCCCGCGCCGAGGCUAUCGGUACGCUCAUAUACAUAGUGCUGGGACGUUGGGCCGAGACUGUCAAGGCAGCGAGUCUGCCCAACCUUGCGGACCACAAGGUCAAGUCCGCCGCCACCAAGGAGCAGCUGGAUGCCAUGAAGGCGGGUGUCAAGCUGCUCGCCAAGUGUGGCGGCAUCCCUCCCAUGUGGGAUGCCCUGAGGACGGCCUUUGAGCCGUUCUGGGCAGACGAUGGAGAUGUUGGCCAGAUAGUGCAAGCCUAUGCUGAGGAGCUGAUGCAUCUGAUGACCAUCCUGUAUAUCUCCUUGCAGACGACGCUAGACGACCCUGAGGAUAUGGCCUUGGCCCGCAAAGAACUACUUGCGCUCAACCCGAACCUGGUUCACUUCAUGUUGCACGCCACGGCAAAACUUCGAUGGGACGACAGGAACAUUCUCCCCCAAACCCAGGUCGGUUCAACUACCUUUGGAAUCCCGGUCGCGGCCAACCAACAUCGAAUGCUCAUGAGUUCCCAGGUUUUUCUUUUGUUCUGGAAGUCAUUGCUCCUCGUUUUCGGCGGCUCCAAACACAUCGCCGAGGCCAAAAAGGCUACGGCAGAGACACUAUCCGACGUUAAGGACAAGGAAAUCAUCACUGCUUCUCCGCUCGACUACCAUGUGUUCCGGCAAGAGAUCACAUCCAAAUACCCGUCAUAUAUCCCGCCCCAAUGUGCCAUUCCACUCGAGGCAGAGCAGACGUCAAUCCUUCCUCCGCUACCUAACCACCCAACCAGGAACAAUGGACAAAACGGUAUCCUUCCCGGCCCACCAAACCAGAGCGCCUCCGCCUCAAUUCUCCAUCAACCGGUUCAUAUCGCGACUCCUGCACCUUCCCCUCCUCCGAGCCCGGGUGUUGGUGGAAAAGGCGGUAAGAAGCAAAACUACCAGACUAACCAAAACUUUCCGUUCAUGUAUCCACCUCUGGAUGCCACGAGCAACAGCGCUGGCGGAAAGGGAGGCGCCGGCCUACAGGACCUGCUGGUAGGCAGGAAGUGGGAGGGAAGCGACGUUCCCGCCUCCAUCAUCGAAGCUGGCGAGCUAUUCUCGACGCGAACCAGGAUGACACGAGCUACCAGGCAACUCUGGGAAGAGCGCGAGAGAUUUCUCAAGUCUGAGCGCGGGUGGGAAGGCGUCGAUGAGGAUCUCAUUGACGAACUCGAUCUUUCUGAACUUACACUUGAGGAGAAGGAGGAGCUGGGCUUACUGAAGGAGGGCGAGAAGGAGAAAGGGAAGCUUGGCCACGAAAUCGACUUGGGACCCCGGCCUGUGGAUGAUGACAUCAAGCAUCGUCUUGAGGCCGUCGAGGAGUUUUAUAAAGAGGCUCUCCCUCAUCUGCAGUCACUAGUUAUUGUACUGCUGAAGGCGAUUGUUGCUAUUGCCAGCAGUCUAGUUCAGCCACAACCCGGACAGCAAAAUCCUGGCCCGCAGAACAAUGGACGAGUUGGCGGGGGACCGCCCCAGGGUCGGGGUCAAAAUAACGGCAACAAUGCUGGCAACGACCCUCCCUCCCCCUCGGAUGACAAUGUCGAUGAGGCCAGGAGCAGAGAGAUCGCGGCGAAGGCGGUGACGGGUAUCAUGAUCCUGUUGUUGAAGUGGCUAAAGCUGUCACAUAUUCUCAAGUUCGAGUACUUCACACAGCUACUUUUGGACUCUAAUUAUCUUCCUCUAGUACUGAAGCUGUUUGCUCUGCAUGAUGUGCAGCAGGUGGUUGAGAGCAAGACCGACCGGAUAGAACACAGUUUCUUCUACUUCUGCGGUUCCCGUGCCGGCGCAAUUCCUCAGCAGGGUCUUAUCAACCCAACCGCAACCGACUUCGAAGACGUUGACGUGAGCGAAGACGAAGCGGCCCCGCCCGCCAUCAAGAGAAACCGUUCACCCCCUAGCGCAGGAAAGGGAGGACCACCCGAUGCUUCUUCCCAAUUCACAUCCCCUCAAUCAACCCAGCAGCAACAACAACAGCUAGAAAACUCCGGCGUCCCCAGCCGCCCCGAGGUCGACGAGCUCGGCUACCCCGUCAACCCGCUCCCGAAAGAACCCAUCACCGACUUCUCCCGGCGCAACUUCUUCUCCCUGAUCAACUACCUGCGCGUGAUGCAAAAGAUCUGCAAGCAUAAAGCCCACCGCAACCUCCUUUUGGUGCACUACAAGUCGUCCAACAUCCUGCGCAAAUCCCUCAAAGUGCCCCAGCAGGAACUCCGCCUGCACACGCUCAAGCUCUUCAAGAACCAGGUCCCCUACUGCGGCCGCAAGUGGCGCCAGUCCAACAUGCGCGUCAUCACCGCCAUCUACCUGCACUGCCGCCCCGAGCUGCGCGACGAGUGGCUGUCGGGCUCAGACGUCGACGCCGAGGUCGAGGAGGCGCUGCCGCUCGAGCAGGCGCUCAGGAGCCUGACGCACUGGUUUAACGUGCAGCGGUAUCCGGAAAGGAUGGGCGCCGAGGUGACGGCGGCCAUGAGGGAGGAGAGAGAUUUCUUUACGCGGGAGCUGGAGAAGAGUGAUUGGAUGGGGUGGGAGGGGAUCAUGGCUGGAGGAGGCAUGGGGAUGGAUGGUGCUGGUGGUCCUGAGCCGAUGAUGGGGAUGCCGGGUAUGGGUGGUAUGGGGAUGAUGCCCGGAAUGGGAAUGGGAAUCGGUGCAAUGCCCGGGAUGGGCGGCAUGGCGGGGAUUGAGUAUGCGGCUGCGGCGGCGGCGGCGCAGACGGAGCAUGAGAGCUCGAUGGGGUGGAGUUAGGACUGCACUUGCUGUUCUUAGUGAAGUUAUGGUUGAUUUCAAGGAAUCCGGUAAAGCACUUGAUCCUGAUGCUAUCAUGCGUGAAGCUUCGUCGCGCAUGGAUCCGCUGAGAGCCUUGGACGCGCUCCUGUCGCUCAACCAGAUGGAGGAAGGGUUACGGAUUUGGCUAAGGGGGCGAAGAUGGCGGAUCUGUUUUCGAGAUUUGAUGGUGUGUGUGAAUGAGUAAAUGAAUUAGAUGCAACGAGGAUGCCAUCCAUCCUGCAGCGUUCUCCCAACAUUUCUAGGUAUUCAGCGGAACUAGUAAUGGGAAAUAGUUGUAACAUCAGUCGC